AUGACGAGGAGGAUGCUCCGAAGAGUAACGGCGAGGCAGACUCCUCGGCCGACGAAGAGCAACCAGCCAACCGCAGACGCAUUGAGCAACAGCUCCACGCGCAAUGAUCUCCGAACAACGUUGAAUGCACGGAAGUCGCGGCGUAUCUCGGCAGUUGACCCCGAUCCCAAGGAACGCUUGAACAAAGACCUUAGGGAUAAACUCAACGCAGGAGCAUGCGAUCUCCGAAUCCGCCUCAAUCGUUCGAAGCCCACUGACCUCCGGAGGCGUUUGGAGAAAACUAAGAUGUCAAGUAAUGACACUCCGUCAUCAAAAAAUGACAGCAGCGUACCAACCGAUUUACGCGCCUUCUUAGACUCCAAGCAGGUACAAACGCGACGUCAACUAAAUGUCAUCAUGGGUGGUUCUCCUCCUUGCGGAAACUCUGUUUGCUCCGUUAAGGAUUACCGCCGGCAGGUCACGACUUCGCCGAUAAGGCCGACUAGACCGCCAAAUCACCCUCCGAUAACCUUUUCACCGGAUGACGCUGAGGGGAUUCACGUACCCCACAAUGACCCUCUUCAUGUAGUUCUUGGAAUUGGGGAGUACGACGUCACCAAGGUCCUCAUCGAUACAGAAAGCUCUGUCGACCUCAUCUUCCGAGGAACCCUGCAGAAGAUGGGAGUCGAUCUCGACGACAUCAAACCAUCAUCCAGAACAUUAACCGGCUUCAACAGAUCCUCCGAAACAAUACUGGGAACAAUCCGCCUUCCGGUACGCGCAUGUGGAGUCACUCGGACUGUCAAGUUUGCCGUUGUAAGCACGAAGGCUCCUUACCACGCCAUACUUGGAACCCCCUGGAUACACUCGAUGCAGGCCAUUCCAUCUACUUAUCACCAGUGCGUCAAGUUCCCCGGUACGGACGGAAAUAUCAAAACACUGCGAGGAGAUCAAAAAGCCGCUAGGGAACUCCUAGUCGCUACAGUUAAACUCCAACGAUCGUCUUUAUCGAUUAACUCCAUCACUCCUCCAGCCUAUAAAGCCUGCUCCCAGGAAGGCGAAAUUUUUGAGUUACCUAUUGACGAUACCGAUCCAAGCCGGACCGCAAGGAUUGGUGCGUACCUGUCUGAAGAAAUACAGCGGUCAGUUCUCGACUUUCCCAAGGCAAAUGUGUCCACAUUCACGUGGUCCAUGUCAGACAUGAAAGGAAUUGAUCCGGCCAUAAUAACUCACGAACUAAACGUCGAUCCGACAGUCAAGCCUAUCCGACAGAAGCGACGCAAGCUCGGUCCAGAUAGGUCAAAGGCUGUAAACGAAGAGGUCGACCGGUUGCUCGGCGCUGGCUCAAUUGCUGAGGACUGCUAUCCUCUUCCCAACAUCGACCGUUUAGUCGAUUCCACGGCUGGAAACGAGAUGCUCACCUUCAUGGACGCUUUCUCUGGGUACAACCAAAUCAUUAUGCACCCCGACGAUCGCGAAAAAACGGCAUUUAUCACAGAUAGAGGAACCUACUUCUAUAAGGUCAUGCCAUUCGGUUUGAAGAACGCAGGAGCAACCUACCAACGGCUUGUGAAAAAAAUGUUCGCAGACAAGCUGGGUGUAACCAUGGAAGUAUACAUCGACGAUAUGCUUGUCAAGUCGCUACACGCUGCUGAUCACCUCUAUCACUUGAAAGAUUGCUUCGAAACCCUCAACAAAUACGGCAUGAAACUGAACCCAGCAAAGUGCACGUUCGGGGUUUCCUCAGGCGAGUUCCUUGGAUACAUAGUCACGCAGCGGGGAAUCGAAGCCAACCCAAUGCAGAUCUCCGCGGUCCUGAACCUUCUGAGCCCAAAAAACAGUAGAGAAGUGCAACGGCUUACGGGUAGGAUAGCUGCACUCAACCGGUUCAUCUCCAGAUCCACCGACAAAUGCUUGCCAUUCUACGACCUCCUCCGAGGUAACAAAAGGUUUAUCUGGGAUGAGAAAUGCGAGGAGGCAUUUAUCCAACUCAAGCAUUAUCUGACAACACCACCCGUUCUCGCCAAGCCAGAUGUCGGCGACUUUCUAUCUCUUUACGUCGUAGUAUCACAAGCAGCAGUCAGUAGUGUUCUAAUAAAAGAGGAUUGUGGUGAGCAAAAGCCAAUCUUCUACACGAGUAGGCGCAUGACCGGACCAGAAACGCGAAACCCAACUCUGGAGAAGAUGGCACUGGCAGUCGUCGAAGCGGCGAGAAAGCUUCGCCCUUACUUUCAGUCACAUUCGGUUGAAGUAUUAACCGACCAGCCCCUCCGAACGAUACUUCAAAAUACAAAUAGGUCCGGAAGACUAACGAAGUGGGCUAUCGAACUCGGUGAGCUUGAUAUCACUUACAAGAACAGGACUGCAGCAAAAUCUCAGGUUCUCGCAUACUUCUUAAUCGAAUUGGCCCCGGAGUUAGAGCAAGAUCUCACACUCCCAAACCCAAACUGGACACUGCAUGUCAAUAGAUCUUCGACUAACAGGGGCGCAGGUGCUGGAGUUCAACUGCAAUCCCCGACCGGCGAACUGAUCAUGCAGUCUUUUAGCUUCGGCUUUCUAGCCUCGAACAACGAAGCAGAAUACGAAUCUUUGAUCGCUGGACUCCGCUUAGCAAAAGCUGUCAAGGCCAAACGCCUAAGCGCCUACUGCGACUCGCAGUUAGUCACCAAUCAGUUUAGCGGCGAUUACGACGCCCGCAACGAUCGGAUGGACGCCUACCUCAAGAUAGUACAGGGAUUAGCUGCAGAGUUCGAAUUCUUCGAACUCGUCAAAGUUCCCAGAGGAGAAAACGUCUGCGCCGACGCCCUUGCAGCCCUUGGAAGCAAGCUUCAUGACCAAGUUAAACGAACUAUUCCAAUACACCGCAUUGAGAAGCCGAGCAUCGAUAUCUCGAUGGACCAAACCACCAUCAUAGCCCCAAUCGCCGAAACCGACACUCUCGUUACUAAUUAAUUCGGCCCCGACUGGCGAACUGAGUUCAUCGACUAUCUCUCAAAGGGGGAACUUCCAACCCAGAAAUGGGCAGCCCGCAGACUAAAAAUGGGCAGUGCCCAUUAUGUCGUCCUAGA